AAAGUGUCGACCUUUACCUAACCACGUGCAUACCUACAGUAUUUGAUAGAGAGAGACAGUAUCUCCUUGCAUGCUAUAUAAGCUAUGGGGCGAAGAGCAAAGCUAAAGAAAGCACGGGUACAGGCUCUGGCUACUGCCAAGGCUAAAAGAAAGCAGCAAAGAUCAGCCAAGCCCAAGACCACCACCUCCUCUUAUACUGUAGACGACCUUUUGACCCGUGCCGAGGAUGCCAUGGACGCAUUUCAACUGGAGUUGGCCGUCAAGUUUUGUGACAAGGCUCUUGGGUUAGAGCCAGACUGUGUGCGGGUGUUGGACACUCUCGGACCACUGUUACUGGAGACGGGGGAGGCAGACAGAGCACUCGAUUGUUUCAAGAGGAGCAUUGACCUUUCACCUCUGACCGGCCACUCCAAGUACCUGUACAUGGCCCAGUUGUCCGAGGGAGUGGUUGCCAUUGACUACAUCAAGAGGGGAAUUGAGAUCAUGACAAAACUGUUAGAGGGUGUGGGCGGUGGUGAAGCGUGUGCUAGUGUGGAGAGUGUGACUAGUGUGGAGCUGUCCAACGCCUACUGUGCUCUUGCUGAGGUCUACCUCACUGACUCGUGUUUUUCUGCUGAUGCUGGCUCCCUGUGUCAGGAGGCGUGUUCCAAGGCUCUGGAGUUGUGCUCUGGUAAUGCCGAGGCUCUGCAGGUCCAAGCAAGCUGUCUACUCAGUCUAGAGCGGACUGACGAGGCAAAAGAGACUCUCGUUAAGAGCGUGUCGCUAUGGUUACCUAGUGGCGAUGAUGUCACCGUGAUGUCAUUAGAAGGCGUGGCAGAUGUACCUCCGUAUUGGUCCAGAGUUAACACAGCCAAACUACUAUUGGAAAUGGGAGAACAUCAGACAGCGUUCCUAGUGCUAGAGGGGUUAUUGAAGGAUGAUGACGAGGUUAUUGCGGUGUGGUACCUCAUGGGCUGGCUGCACACGCUCACCAAGGAUGCUGACUCAGCAAGAUUCUACCUCGAACAAACUCUAACACUGUUCAGUAAACACGAGAGUGAUGAAGAGGACAUUUUAAAGCACACGCAAGAGUUGCUUGACGAGCUAGGACCCGCCAGUGACGAGUGUGAUGUAGGUGUGGCUUGUGAUGAUGUGGGUGGGGCUUGUGAGGAUGGUGACAGUAGUGAUGACCAGUGUGGCACAACUAUGGACACUAGCUAAUAGAGUGGCUACUGUCAUUGUUUGUUUUUAUUUGUUAUAAUUAUUUAUUUUGUUCAUUUAUAAAAUCAUGAAAAAUCGUAAAAAUUGA